GCUCUCUGUGCGUCUUCCUGUCCCAGGGGUGUCCCUGUCCUGUCCCAGCGGUGUCCCUUACUUGUCACGUGCCGGGCGGCGAGGCAUUACAGUCGGGGGAGUAGCAGCAGCAGGAGAGAGCCGCCAGUGAUUGCCCGGGGAGGUUUGCUGACUCCUGUAUGGGAAACUGGAGCCGUGUUAUAUAUAGCUAUAUUACACACACGACUGAAGACCAUUAGUUAUAGUAAACCAUUUGUUGCUGCAAUUUAGUUUGUUGUCCCGCAGCCCUAAUAGUUCAUUCCCCCAGUGAUAAUUAUUAUUCCCCGUUUUACCCGAACACCGGUUUUAGUACAUGGACAUACUGUAUUACCCUGCCAUAGAAUGAGCUCGGAGUUCUUUCUGUUUCCAAGAAAAACGGGAACUAUGUAGGGAUCGCAUCCAAUGUCACUUCAGACACCCUUACUACACACUUUCUGCCAGUCAUGGCUUGGCACAUCGCCCUAUUACGCAGAGCCCAGUGCUUACUUGUCUGAGCAACAGUUCUAAUAUCAUCAUUUAGCUUAGACACUGUAUUCUUCUCCCACAGUACUAUGGGCAGCCUAGGCAAGGACACUGUAUUCUACUCCAACAGUACCACGGGCAGCCCAGGCAAGGACACUAUAUUCUGCUUCAACAGUCCCAUGGACAGCCCAGGCAAAGACACUGUAUUCUGCUCCAACAGUACCAUGGGCAGCCCAGGCAAAGACACUGUAUUCUGCUCCAACAGUCCCAUGGACAGCCCAGGCAAAGACACUGUAUUCUGCUCCAACAGAACCAUGGGCAGCCCAGGCAAGGACACUGUAUUCUGCUCCAACAGUAACACGGGCAGCCCAGGCAAGGAGACAUUUGCCAGCAGAUACCAGCACAGCCUGCCAGUGUUUAAACCCUUUCGCACCACCCACAGGCACCAACAUCCUAUUGAUAAUGCUGGCUUUUUCUCCUUCAUGACUUUGAGCUGGAUUACACCACUUGCAAGAAAGGUUUACAGGCUCCAUGAACUCCUGAUGGAUGAUCUCUGGGGCUUACCAUCUCAAGAUUCAUCAGACAUAAACAGUCGGAGAUUACAGCGUCUUUGGGAAGCAGAGCUGCAGAAACGUGGGAAGAGGAAAGCUUCUCUGAGAAUGGUGAUAUGGCGUUUCUGUCGGACAAGAUCCCUGCUGGCUUUAUUGUCUGUGAUUAUCACCAUGGUAGCAAACUUUAUUGGCCCUGCAGUCUUCAUCCGUGCACUGCUGGAGUACUCAGAGGCCGUGGAAUCUAAUCUCCUUUAUGGGCUGCUGCUCGCAUUUGGCAUAUUUGCAGCAGAGCUGGUCAGGUCUUGGUCUUUUGCACUAAGCUGGGCAAUGAACUACAGAACAGGAAUUCGGCUGAAGGGGGCAGUUUUGGGCCUGGCUUUCAAGAAGAUCCUGAAACUCAAAGAAUCAAAGGAUAUUACAACUGGAGAGCUUGUGAACAUGUGUUCCAGUGAUGGUCAACGGCUGUAUGAAGCAGCCUCAAUAGGCUGUAUGCUAGCUGCUGGUCCUUUCAUUGCUCUCUUGGGAAUGCUGUACACAGUGUUCUACCUAGGACCUACAGCACUGAUAGGUUCUGCUGCAUUCAUUGUGUUUUAUUCACUCAUGAUGCUGGCAUCAAAACUUACAUCAUACUUUAGAAAAAAGUGCAUAGUAUUCACAGACCGAAGAGUGCGGAUUAUGAAUGAAAUCCUAACCAGUAUUCGGUUUAUUAAGAUGUAUGUGUGGGAGAAAGCUUUCAUACACAAUAUUCAAGCCACCAGAAGGUCAGAGAGAUCAUUACUGGAGAAAGCUGGCUUUGUGCAGAGCAUCACGACAGGCAUAGCACCUGUGGUGGUAGUGAUUGCCAGCGUGUGCACAUUUACAUUGCACAUGGCUCUUGGAUAUGAUCUGACAGCGCCACAGGCAUUUACAGUUGUUACUGUGUUCAAUUCAAUGAGGUCAGCCCUCAACAUGAUACCUAUUGCUGUCAGAGCGGCUUCAGAAGCUUCAGUUUCCAUCUCUAGAUUUCAGAGGCUGUUCUUGAUGGAAGAAAUUGAUACAAGUAUUAAUAAGAAAGUAAAAACAGACAUCAUUGUUGAGUUCAGAGGGGCUUACUUCACAUGGAGGUCUGAAGUACUAGCAUCACUGGCCACAUGUGGGCACCACACUUCAGAAGAUAAUGUAGAUAACCAGAACCAUAUCCACAAGUCUGUCCCAUUGUAUCGCCAAGAGGUCCCAUGCUUACCAAACGGCAAUCAUGUGUUCCAGGCCACUAAAGAAAAACAAGCAUCCACAUUGGAUAUACCUUUGCUUCUGAGUCCUCCUGUGCUUCUUAAUAUCAGUUUCACUUUAAAGAAGGGCAAACUUGUAGGAGUGUGUGGAGGUGUUGGGUGUGGGAAAAGUUCUCUGAUUCUAUCCAUUCUGGGCCAGAUGACUUUACUAGAUGGAACAAUGUCAGUGAGUGGCAGCAUUGCCUAUGCAGCUCAGCAAGCCUGGAUUUUCAAUGCAUCUCUGCGAGAAAAUAUCUUAUUUGGGGAAGAAUAUGAUGGAGCAAAGUACAAGAACGUAUUAGAAGCAUGCUGUCUGUCUCCUGACAUUCAGUGUCUACCUGAUGGAGACUUAACUGAGAUAGGUGAACGUGGAGUCAACCUCAGUGGCGGUCAGCGUCAGCGGAUCAGCUUGGCACGUGCCCUCUAUAGUUCAAGCAGUUUGGUUCUUUUGGACGAUCCGCUCAGUGCUGUGGAUGUGUAUGUGGGAGCAGAAUUAUUCAGUAGGGCGAUUAAGGCAGGAAUGCAGGACAGGAGUGUCUUAUUUGUCACGCAUCAGCUACAGUACCUCAUGGAGUGCAAUGAAGUUUUGUUCAUAAAAGAUGGGUACAUUUCAGAGCAGGGGACACAUGAAGACCUAAUGAAACUCAAGGGUGAUUAUGCUGUUUUAUUUGACAGUAUGCAGCAAUCAAAUAUCAUUACAAGAAAUAAACAAUGUUCUUCCAAAAAGCUUGAUAGCUCUCAGUGGACCCUAGAUCAAGACAAGUCACAGACUGUGGAGACCUUUAUCAUUGAUGAAAAGAAUGUUCUCAAUUCAAAUGCAGUCAUCACGGAUCUCUACAGUGAGACUGCCCAAAUAAAAAUACAAGAGUCAGACAGUUUAGUAAGCAUGAGAGAUGAUCCCUCUCUUGAAUACUCUCAAAAUGAGAGUUCUUCAGCUUCUGGACAAGACAACCAAAAUGAUGAUGGGGACAGUGAUGAUGGAAGGAGAUCUGAAGAAGAAACAGAUGUUUUGACCAAAAGUUCCCAUACAGUGGCGGAGAAGGCCAGUGAGCUUAUGCAGGCUGAAGAGAAAGGUGACGGCUCUGUGCCAUGGGCAGUGUAUGGAGUGUACAUCAAAACAGCUGGAGGAGUUUGCAUAGUCACCAUGAAUAUCAUCCUUUUUGUGGUCACCACAGGAAGUGCAGCCUUCAGUAAUUGGUGGCUAGGUUACUGGAUCAAGCAAGGCAAUGGGAAUAUAUCUGUUACUACUAUCAAUGGCACUGUAUCAAGUGGAAAUAUGAAGGAUAACCCUGACCUGCAGUUCUAUAUAUAUAUUUAUGCUUUUUCUAUGGUGGCUGUUGUUCUGAUGAGAUUUAUGCGAGGCUAUGUCUUUGUAAAGAGUACACUGAAAUCCUCAACAAAACUACAUGAACUUUUGUUUCAAAAAGUUCUUUGUAGUCCAGUGAAAUUUUUUGAUACAACUCCUCUUGGCCGUAUCCUAAACAGAUUCACAAAAGACGUGGAUGAAGUUGAUGUACGCCUUCCUAACCAAAUGGAGCAACUUAUGCAAAAUAUUAACAUUGUCCUUUUCAGCCUUGGUAUCAUUACCUCAGUGUUUCCAUGGUUCCUCUUAUCUGUGGUACCUCUGAGUGCGCUCUUCUAUCUAGUAAACCGGAUUUCAAGGGCACUAAUUCGGGAAUUGAAACGCAUGGAUAAUAUAAGUCAGUCACCAUUUAUAUCUCACGUUACAUCAACAUUGCAAGGUAUAACAACCAUUCAAGCCUACAAUAAGGGAAAUGAUUUCCUGCUUAAAUAUCAGAAACUUCUGGAUAUCAACCAAGUACCGUGUUUCCUAUUCAGCUGUGCAACACGAUGGCUGGCAGUGCGUCUAGAUCUGAUCAGCCUGAUCUGCAUAACCCUGACUUCAGUGUGUGUGGUGAUAAUGCAUGGAAGCAUAGCUCCAGCCUAUGCAGGACUGGCCAUGUCUUAUGCAGUACAGCUCACAGGUCUCUUUCAAUAUACUGUGCGCUUGGUCACGGAAACAGAAGCCAGAUUCACUUCAGUUGAAAGAAUAAAUUACUAUAUUGAGAAUCUGGAAUCAGAAGCACCUUUCUCCAUACCAGAAAAGUCACCAAAAGAUGAGUGGCCCCAAGAUGGACGUAUAACAUUUGAAAAUGUUGAAAUGCGUUAUCGUGACAACCUACCUCUUGUUCUCAAGAAUAUUUCAUUCAGUAUUAAGCCUCAAGAGAAGAUUGGAAUUGUGGGCAGAACUGGGUCAGGGAAAUCAUCCUUGGCAAUGACACUUUUCAGACUAGUAGAGUUGUCUGGAGGUUCGAUCAUUAUUGAUAAUGUCUGCAUCAAUGAAAUUGGACUGGAGGACCUUAGAAAAAAGCUUUCCAUCAUUCCGCAGGAACCAGUUUUAUUUGCCGGAAGCAUCAGGUCAAACUUGGACCCAAUGAAUCUUUAUACAGAUGAAGAGUUGUGGAAAGCUUUAGAAAAAACCCACAUGAGAAAACACGUAGUACAGCUGCACGGAAAGCUACACUAUCAGGUAACAGAGAACGGAAGUAAUUUCUCUGUUGGAGAAAGGCAGCUGCUGUGCAUGGCACGGGCUUUACUAAGAAACAGUAAGAUAUUACUGUUAGAUGAAGCAACUGCAGCAAUUGAUAAUGAAACGGACGCGCUGAUCCAGGAAACGAUUAAUGAUGCAUUUAGUGAAUGCACUGUGCUCAUUAUAGCUCAUCGCCUUAAUUCUGUUUUUCACUGUAAUAGGAUCAUGGUAAUGGACAAAGGAAAAAUCGUGGAGUUUGACAAGCCAGCAGAACUUCUGUCAAGUGAACAGUCUACAUUUCAUGCCAUGGCAAUGGCAGGAGAAAGAACAAAUUAAAGAAUGCUAACUACAAGAAACUAACUGCAGCCUUCAAAGCACAGGCCUGAGUCCUUGACAUAACUAGGCCAAAAAACAGUACAUGACAAUACUUGGUUAUAAAGCUGGAUUACAUAUAACAACACACUUGUUCUAAACAUUGUAAAUGUCUAGAACUUAUGGCCCCGAUACAUCAUAGAUGUACUGGGGCAAUGACCCGUUUCCCCGACGACAGGGAUGGGGAAACGGGAAUAUUAAGCAUGUUUAAAAAUCCUGAUUCCCCAGUGGCGAAUUGGGCAUUGUUAACAUAUCUAAAUUUCCCUGAUUCCCCGAAGGAUCGCCAAUCAUCUCUGGCCACUGGUCGACGGAUCAGUUUUGCGGAUCAGCUGUGCUGGCAGGUUGGGAAUUGGGCAGCCUGAUGUAUGGAAGCCAUUAGCAACAUUUCAUAUUGUCAGCUGGUAACAUGGCUUAGACCAACAAACAUAGCAAUAUACAGGCCGGUUAGCUAAAUACACAUAAGCCUAGACAUUUAGCAGUACAUAUCUAACGCUGCAUUACAAGCACUAAGGUUUAGCCACAUUUAGACUUGCAGAACAAUAAAUAUGUUCUAGAUGUGCCCACAACUAGGCUUAUAAAAACAGUAAUAUAGAGGAGACCUGGUACCUAGACAUAUCUGGUUACAUAAAUAUCCUCAGAUAGAACUAUAAGACACGACCAGAUGCUAUGAGAAUAUUAGUGAACAGGCAGAGAUGUACUGAAGGUAAUAGCCUUGUGUAUAAUGCAUAGGUUUUAUAGUGGAACAUCAUCUUAAAUAUUUGUACUGUACAAAUGGCUGGUUCUAGAAAACCUGGUGCUUCUUAGAUUAUUUACAUUUUAAACAGCAAAAUAGAUUAAUUGUUCAAAGCUAUUGCAUAAAGCAGAAGCAAUGAUGAAUAUAUUUUUGAGCUGGACCUGCGGGGGUACAGAAAUUGCUUUAAGAGUAGUACAAUAUGUCAAAGUUCACCUCGUCACCAGCUAGACUACACAGAUAGAAGCAUAGUUGCCAGCAAUUUAAAAUCAUUUCCAGGGACACUUCACUGAUGAGAUGGUAUCUAGGCAUGUUACAUGCAAUACAGCUUCCCCAGACGAUGAAGCACUGCAAUCCCACACCAGGUCAUGUUUAUUAAAUUACUGACAUAUUUUUAUGUUUAAAUAGUCCUUCUCAACAAAUAAUAAGCUAUCCAGAGAACAAUAGAUGGUAAAAACCUCAUCUAUCAGAAAAGGAGGAAUUUGUUGGUGCAGUUAUAUAACUACCACAAUUUGAAAGGACUGUCUCACUACCCUGUGGUAGGUACGUUUGUGACUAUUUGCUAAAUGUUGGGCAAUAUAUACCUUCAGCAGGUUCCUCAGGGGUACGCAGAAAUGUCAGAGUAUUUUUAGGGAAAAGGAGAAAGGCUGGGUGAGGGUUAGCCCUUAACAAGGCUCUGAGGGCAUGACGACACACAUUGUAACAUGGAUACACCCUUUAUAUGAUGCAAACCAAAGCCCAGCAAAGUGCAGAAAUGAUUACAGCUCUGUGCUACACCUCAAACUCCAGUGGAAUGAUGACGAUAAAGCAGAGAGUAUAGGAUGUCUGACAAUGUAAAUGUAGGUUGAAAAGAAUAUUUGUCAUUUGUCAAUAAUAUUAAUAAUUUCUAGUGAGAUUAUAUGUAGCACAUAUGUGUAUAUACAGUGCUAUCUCUCUGUUGGAAGAUUUAUUAUUCUUACCAAAAAGUUCAGAAAUUGGAAGAAACCAGUUAAUUCAGAAAUGAAUAAAGCACCUGUCCAUAUUGUGGAACCUACUGUUAAUCUCCUUGUAACUUUAGAUGCGCAGCGGCAUCAUUUUUCUUAGUAGUGCUAUUCAAGUAAGAUUGUCAUUCACUUUCAUUGUAUAUAUAUA